AUGGAAUAAGAAAAUAAAUAAGAGUAAGAACAAAAAGCCUAAUAAGAAACAAAAAUGAGAUUAGUAAAAAUAAAAACAUUAUCAAAUACAGUAUAUGAAUUAACAGUUCCAUUAGACAUGAAAAUAAAAGAUCUAAAAUAAAAAGUAUAAGAAUUAACAUAAGUACCAGUAGAAAGAUAAAGAAUGAUAUGUUUAGGAAAAUAACUAUAAGAUAAUGAUACAGUAGAUUAACAUUUAAAAGAAGAUGGAGUUGUAAUUCAUUUAGUUGCAAAAGUUGAAUAAACAUAAUAAUAAUAAAAUACUAAUACUAGCAGUUCUUAAUAAUAAAAUUAAAAUCCUUAAUAGAAUACUAGUUAAAGUAAUCCUGUUGGUAAUUCAUUUGAUAUUUUCGGUAAUUUAUUCGGAGCAGCUGGUUAAGGAGGUGCUUCUUUUAGAACUUAUAAUUCUAGUUCUAAUGGUGGAGAAAUACAAUCAAUACUUUCCAGUAUUCAAACCUUAUUAGGAGGAGGAGGGGUAAGAACAUAAACUUAAUAAAACUAAUAAUAAAAUGCAUAAUAAACAUAAUAGCCCACAUAAUAACAUUAAUAGACUGAAUAAUAAUAAACUUAAUAAUAAUAAAAUUCAUCUUAAUAAUCAUAAUAAUAGUAAUAAUAACCUUCAUAAUAGUAAUAAUAACAAUAAUAAAAUAAUAAUAAUAAUAAUACAAAUAAUUAACAAAAUAGAACAGGAAGAGUAAUUGAAUUACCGCAUUAAUAAUUAUAAAGACUAGGGCUUUUAUGUAAUAAUUUAAUGGGAGCAAAUAGCAGAUUUCCAGGUCCUCCUUUACCCAUUAUAAAUAAUAGAAAUCCAUCAUAAUUAGUAGGUUCUUAUUUAAAUAAUUGGUAAAUGUAAGUAUAAAGAGUACUUCCGUUUGUUUCUAGAUUAGGAGAAUUAUUAUAAAGAGAACCUUAUAUGAAUAUAUAAGAAGAUAGAGUAAAUACAGAAAAUUUAAUUUAAGAUAUAAGUAGAAUUUUUUCAUAAGUGGUUGAAUGUACUUAACCUAUGGUUGAAACUUUAAGAAAUUUCCAUUUAAUUAAUGUAUAAAAUAAUAGAUAAUAAUAAAAUCAAACAGAAUAAUAAUCAAAUAUUCAAUAAUAAUAAAAUUAAAACUAAUCAUAAUCAUAAUAAUAAUAAGAAGUAUCUUAAUUAUAAUAAUAAUAGACAUAAUAAUAAUAAUCACAAUAGAAUUCAUAAAGUAAUAAUAAUUAAAGAAAUGGAGAUAUUAGAGUAGAAUUGUUUAAUAUGAAUAUAGAUGAUAAUAGUGCUAUUGCAGUGGCUGGAAUUGAAUCUACAUAAAUUGUAAAUUAAAAUGCAGAUAUAUAAUCUAUAUUUACAAAUAUAAUGUAAUCUUUAAAUGCUGGUGGCAAUAAUCCAAAUAUAAAUAUAAGAGUAGAUAAUAUAAAUGGAAAUAAUAUAAAUUAAAAUAACAAUAAUAAUAAUAAUAAUAAUAAUUAAAAUACUAAUGAAAACAAUAAUAAUUAGAAUAUUAAUAAUAACAAUAAUGAAAAUAAUCCAUAAUAAUAAUAAUAAUAAUAAUAAUAAUAAUAAUAAUAAUAAUAAUAAUAAUAAUAAUAAUAAUAAUAAUAAUAAUAAUAAUAGUAAUAAUAGUAAUAAUAGGAAAAUAUCCAAGACGAAGAAUGGGAAGAUGAAGAUGAAGAACAUAAAAAUAAUAUUGAUUAAAUAGAUAUUUAAAUUGAACAUUAAUUAUAAUUUGGAGAUAAUUAAAGUAAUGAAAUAUUUAAUUAGUUAUUUUCAUCUUUAGGGUAAGGUAAUAAUUAGAAUGUAUAAAUAUCAGGUGCUAAUGCAUCUAAUAUAUUAUAACAAAUUUCUUAAUAAUUUAAUUAAGGAAGUUAAUAAAGAUAAAAUAGAUCUUCAUAACCUAUUCCUCUUCAUCCUUAAAGUGAUAUUUCAUAAUAAUAAUAAUAAUAAUAAUAAUAAUAAUAAUAAUAAUAAUAAUAAUAAUUAUAAUAAUAAUAAUAAUAACAAUUACAAAAUCUAUAAUAGUAACAAUAUUAGUAAUAGAAUAUUCCUUAAAAUAAUCCUAUGGCAUUAUUAUUAGGGGGCGGAGGAAUAGGAGGAUUAAUGAAUAUGACAUUAUCAGAAAUAAUGAUUGAAAAUUAUUAAGAUUAAUUGGAAGAAUCAGAUACUAUAUUAUUAGACAUAUUUGGAAGUUUAAAAAUAACUGAUUUAAUGGGAUCAUUUUUAACUGGAAACUUUACAUUUUUAGAUAAUUAUUAAAACAGAAUAAAAGAAAGUUUAAAUAAAUAUAUAGAAUAGUAAAACGGAGAUACUCAAAGAGUUAUUGAUAUUUUUACUUAAUAUAUAUGCUAAUUUUUCUAUCCUCCUGAAUAAUUUAAAUAAUGUGUUUAUGAAGGACUAGAUAUUGAAUUGAUUUCAAAUGAUAUUGUUAAUAGACAUUUACAAGCUUAAUUUAAAUUAAUUAAUAAAGUUUUUAUUCAAGGAGAAGGAGAAACUUUUAGUUAAGAAAUAGUUUUUGAAGUAAAAUCUAUGAUUGGAGAACUCGUUUAUGAAAUAUCUGAAGCAUUGUAAGGUGGAAUUAAUGAUUUUGAGAAAAUAUUUAAAUUUUAGGUUGGGUAAUUUAUUUCUAAAAAUUUAAAUGAAUAAAUGGCUCUACUUGCUAAUACUAUGGUUGUUGGUUCUUUAUGGGAAAGUGUUAAAAAAAUGUAUUUGAAUCAUUUACAUGAUAUUGAAAAUAUAUAAAAGUUAGCAGAAGAAUAGAAAUAAGCCGUAAAAGAAUAAUAAAAUAAUAAAAAUAUGAAUGAUAUAGAUGAAUUAGAAUAUUAAAAUCCUGAAAUAGAUUUAUUGGAAGAUAUUGAUAAUAAUUUAUAAAAAGAUUAAGAUAGAUUCCAUAAUUAUGAUAAUAUUAAUUUCAGUUAGGAAUAUUUAUAAGGAAGUAUUAAUAAUAAUAAUGAUAAAAUAUGAUAAAGGAGAACCAAAAAUAAAAAAAAUCAUAAUAAAUAUAUAAACAUUUUUUUUUUUUUUAGAUAUAUCAAUAUUUAAAUAAAUAAUAUUAAAAAAUUAAAAAC